AUGCCUUUAUUCAACAAUUUUCACUCUGCUCGAAACCAAGGACAACAAGGAUUCAGUGUGGAAGCUGUGGCUUAUGAGGCCGAGUUCAAGGAACUCUUGCACAGAUUCCAGGACAGACAUCAUGAGACUGAUUUUGAUCCGGUUGCUCCUUUUAGGAGGUGAGUUUUUGGUUUGCUUUUGUUGUUUUGAGUUUAUGAAGCGAAUCAGUAAGGAAAAUAUGGAAAGUUUUAAGAUUUACUGGGAUGAAUAAUAUAAUUUUGAUUGAAAAGUUAGGUAAAUCAACGAGAUUUUACUUAAUUUUGUCGAAUAUUGUUUUAGAAAGAAUGUUUUACGAUUUUAAAACGAUAAUAAGUGCUUCAGCAUUGAUAAAGACAUUUAAUAAUUUAUAAACGUUAACUUAGGUAUACCUACAAACAAAAUAUUUUUGUUUUUGUCAGAAUCGAGGUUAAUUUGCUUUGUUUUUGAGUAAAAUUGUACUUUUUAUAUGAAUAUUCAGCUAUAUUAAACUUUUUUUAACCAAUACACAUUGAACUUUCAAAUAAAUAUUAAGUUAGGUAUACCUAUAGACCAUAUGGCCUAUUUUUACCCAUUUUAAAUCUUUUAUAAAAGUUUUAUGUUUUAGAAUAGUAGAGAUAUUAGAAUGGGCUAUGGACGACUUUUACGCAAACAAUCCAGACCCAUUGGACCAACGACAUCCUCACAAAAUCAUACCUACAUGUUUAUAUGGCCAUCUUCUACGUUUUAUGCUCAAGUUUUCAGAUUUUCUGGAUAAAGUAAGUGUUUUUACUGUUAUUCUUGUUGUUUUUAGGUUUUUCGAGCUGUUGAUAUUGGAUUUGGACUUACUACACUAACAUUUUAACGGUUUUUUAGCCGUAUUUCUAUGUUAACAUAGGCCAAAUUUCAAGAAAAACAUAUUAUAAGUUUAACUCAGCUAAUGUUUAAAAUUUUAGUGUUUGGUAUCUUACAUAAUGCCUCAUCACAACAAUCUGGAGCUUAACAUCUUGGCGGCCAGAGUGUUAGUUAUGGCAUUACCAGUGAUAGACAGUAGUGUCUUCUCUGUUGAUGCUGAUGUUCAUCAACAAUUGUUUCGUUACGCUUUGGAUUCGGAAUCAAGAGAGCUGAGAGCGUAUGCUACAGCAAUAUUGAACCCUGCUAUCACUCCAGAAACUGCCCAUGUUUUUCGAACAGAAAUUGUCGAUUUGAUUACCAAGUCGUUGAACAGCUUGAAGGUGCUUUAUGUAAGUGGUUUUUGUGGUUUUUUGAUGUUUAAGUGUUGACAAUUAAAGGAGCGUGAAAAAUCGUGGAAUUUAGAGAAGAUAUUAAUAUAGAACUUGAUUUUAAGGCUAUUUUAUGGGUUGUUUUACCUAAAAUAAUAUAAAAUUUAGCUAUGAAUUUGAAACAAUAUGUCUAAAAUAUUAUAUCCUAGUAAAAAACAGAUAUUUGGCAAUAAUUUUAGUAUUAAAUGUUGAUUUAUUCAGGCUCAAAUGGUAGAAAACAGUACAGAAAACAGUCUAAAUGAAGGCGGGACAGAUCGUGCAGCUCCAACAGACUUUAGCCAGUUAGCUGAAAAUCUGAAUAAAGAGCAGGAAAAUGGCAAAACAGAAAAGAAGACAGAUUCAGAUGAUAAAGCGAUAAAAAAGGAUUUAGAUGGAAAAGAAACAAAGACAGAUGCAGAUGGGAAAGUUCCAGAUACGUCGAGUUCAAACUCUGAAACUGAGAAAUCAAAGGAAAAUGGACAAACUGGUGGGAAUGUUGAGACGGUAGGUUAAGGGUUGGAUGUUUUAUAAAUGAAAAAUGUGAUAUGGUUUAGUAGAAUUUUAAUAUUAACACUUAAAACUUAUUUUACAUUAUUAUUUACAGGGCAAACUACGAUCAGGACAAAAGCGAACAUCAGACGACGCGAAAUUGUCAGUUUGUGAAGCCGCUCUAAAGAAGAUAAAGGCAUCAGGAAGGCGAAAGUCAACUCCAAAGAAUCCGGGCGCUUCAACACCUUUGGCUGACUUUGGAGAAGAAAGCCGAAGUUCAACUGUGGACGAAAUGAAGCGUGUGUUUGUAGGUAACAACAAGGUAUACCCACUGACAAUCGAAAUGGAACAACGAAUGAUCUUGGGCUUUUUACAGUGUGCUUUUGAGUUUACCGAUGUAAGUUUGGGUUUUUUGAAAAAAAAAUUUUUUUUUAGGGGUGGGGGGGGAGAGGGGCGGGGUGGGUGAUUUUUAAAGAGCUAUAAAGUGGCAUUGCCUGAGGCGGUUUUAACUUUAAAAAAUUAAAAACGCAUUUUUAGAACGUCAGUGUUCUAACAGAACACUCAGCCCUGGAUGUGAUACUAAAGUACCUAAAUGUAAACGAAUAUCAUGACAUACGACUAUUGUUUGAAGCUCUAUUCGCAUUGAGUUCAAUGUUGAUUCACUUGAGGUUGGCGUGGGAUUUUGUGAACAGAGGCGGGAUCUUAAGGCUAAUCACCGUGAAUCGAAACUCAGUAGCCGCUGCCGCUGUAUGUGUUUGUUUUCAUCACAUAUCACAGUUUGAUGAGAUCAUGGAGCAUAUAUGUCAAGGGUCUUCGAAGGGCGUGGAUGAUGUCGUGAGGUAAGGAGUAAGGAGGGGUGGACUUUUGGUAGGGUAAGGGAAGGAGUAGGGUACUUAUUUGACGUUCGUAAGGUAAUGGAAGACGGUAGCUCACGAGAGGAUAAGUAUGGUAGGGUAUAGUAGGGUACGGUAGGGUAGGAUAGAAUAGGGUGUGGUAGAGUAGGGUAGGGUAACAUAGAGUAAUACGGGGUAGUGUCUGAAAGUUGCAAGCUAAAGUUUUUUUAGUUACGCGAUUUGGCAAUUAGCUCACGGAUACGAGAGUGUUGGUGGCAGAAUUUGCGUCUUCUUCCAAUACGCUCUGCGGUACAAGAACGUCCUGGAACGAUUUGAUCACCGAGAUGGUUUGAGGGUCUUGUACAACUAUGCCAAUUCGAAAGUAAGGUUUAACUUGAUUUAUUUCUUGUAUUUGUUUAUGACGUAUUUUACUAUAACACUGUGACAUGAAUUCGAAAUUCCUCGAAUUUUUUCUGAUGAUUGUAUUUGAGCUGAAUGACUUUUUGUACGGCGACUUUGAAGACAACGAAGUCAUCGAAAAGAUUCAGGAGAAAAUGGGCGAAUAUUGCCAGGUUUUGAGGAAUACCAACGUUUGUUUGACUCAGUAAGUCUAUUUUACUUUGAUAUUGUUUCGAUUGGGCAUGGGCGUUGUUUAAUCAAGGGAGUGGGGCGGGGACGUAAAAAAAGUUUUUAGGGAGGAAGGAAAAUAAUUUUUUUUUGUAACAAAGCAGGAGAACAAAGCUUGAUUUUUAUCUAAUUUUUUACCGGGCGUGGUAAAAAUACAAUUGGGGUUAAAUUGCAAAAAAUGGACUUAAAUUGAUGAUUUCAAUGAUUUUAGGUACAUUUUAUCUCAUAUAUUGCUCAAAUAUGAACAUAUCAAGCGUAUGCAUGCUGAUCGAUUCCCAAGUUAUCUCAAAAAGGCUGUACUGGCUGGAAAAAUACCUCAUAAAGACUUGUGCAAAAAGGUAAGGUUUAUAUUCAUUUUGGCAUUUGUAUUUAAUUUUACAUUGUUAUUGAACUUUGGCUCUAAAAUUUAAAAUUUCUUUUUUUUGCUAUCACUAUACUCGUAUCUCUACUCUUGCUGCCACUGCUACCCGGUUUUUUAGACCCAUACUUGCCAUUCUUUUGUCAAAAAUUUGUAUUUCUUACCUUUCAGCCUCUAAUAAUGGACGCAGAAACAGAAUCCAAAGCCCUUGAAGUACUACGCUACUUUAUACCAGCAACAAAUCUGACCUUUCACCCACUGACCAAUAUAAGAUCGUUUGGUUUCAUCACUCUAUACAUUAGAGCAAUGGCCUUGAGGACAGAGUUUUACCAUCAUAUGUCACUACUAAAGUCGGAUGUAAUUCAAGGCAUUUUGAAGAUCUUUCAAUACGCCACAGUAAGCCCAGCAGUCGUACAGGAUUUGGCAACAGCUAUAUCAUUUCCACAUGGCGAUAGGUGUGGGAUUCGGUGA